UUGAUACUGAUAUCCUCGUGCCAGUCAGUAGUCACUAGUAGUAGUCACUGUAGACUGUCUCAGUAUCCGCACUAGUGUCAACGUCGGGUAAAAAUAUCUUCUGGAUCAAAUGUUCCAGAUAAGCGACAACCUUGAGACAACGUCUGUCUGGUUUUCGGCGUGGAUGUUUCCUAUUCUGUUCAUGGCUGUCAGCUUACUUCUGCUUUCCUAUACUACAUGCUACUACAUGCUACUCUGGACUACUACAGUCCGACUAGGUAUUACUACCUACCCAAGUCAACAAACAACCGAUGACCUCGGUCCUACAAACCAUCCCGGUAUCUAGUAAGCGCUUCUUCCAGUUCUGGUCUCGAGGCUGUAGUUAGUGAGUCAUGCGGAUAACCAGCACAAAUAACUCCAU